AGAAGGCCCCAUAUUCGGAUAUCAUGCAAGAGGCCGAAGUGUCGCUGGUCUCCAGGGAUACCUGCAACAGCUCCGAACAGUAUGCCACCCUCAUCAGGGAGGAGCACCUCUGUGCCAUCUCGGAGGAUCCCACCAAGGGCAGCUGCCGGGGCGAUGGUGGUGGGCCCCUGAUGUGCAGGGAAUCCCAUACCGAGCGCUACUGGCUGAUCGGUCUCAACAGCUGGGGCACCGGCUGCUCCAGUGGCAGAGUGCCGGGAGUCUUCACCUCCACCCAGUUCUUCCUCACCUGGAUCAAAGACAUCAUGGCGAACCCCCCUGCCUCUGGUCUUUCUCCUCCAUUCAGACCAACCACCCCACGCACCCCCACUCCUCCACCCCCAAGCCGGUUCACGGGAGCGUAUUACCUCAACCCCAUUUACAAAAAGGUCAACGGGAGGCUAGUCGGGUACUUCCCCGCAGCCAACACGUACAGCCUUCCAACACGCACAGCGGCAGUGGGGUGUCAAACUCACCACCAGGCCCAGGUACACAGGACCCCCCAAGAAAUUUACACCCUUCACCUUCUUUCCGAUGACACCCCAGUGGGCCACUCCCACUACCGCCUUCCUAGGCUGGGGCAUGGGACCUAG